GACACUUUUUUAGUCUAUUUCUAGUGGUAUGGUGGUCGAUUAACAAUAUUUUUCAUAUUGAGUUCUAAACAAUUUUAGCGGGAAGUUGACAAUAACUAAUUAUUGUUAAAAAUGAGUGUCGAAGAGGAUGUAAUGAAAAUUCAAAAGAAAUUAACUAAAAUGACUUCAGAGGACGGAACUGGACAAGAAGAUGCUCUUGAAUUAUUAAAAAAUCUGCAAACGAUGGCGAUAAAUUUGGAUGUAUUAACGAAAACAAGAAUAGGAAUGACUGUAAAUGCUUUAAGAAAAUCAAGUAAAGAUGAAGAAGUGAUUUCACUAUGUAAGACAUUGAUUAAAAAUUGGAAAAAAUUCCUUUCUACUCCCAACACACCUUCUAAAGAUUCAGGCAGUUCAUCAAAGCCUAAAAAAGAUUCAAGCAAGGAUAAAGAAAAGAAAGAGGACAGAGAAAAAGACAGGAAACUACCAGCAUCAUUUCCCCCACAAUCAAAUACAACUGAUGCUGUUAGACUAAAAUGUCGAGAACUGUUAACCCAGGCCUUAAAGAUAGAUGGAGAAAAUCCAAACUCAUGUGGAACACCAGAAGAGUUAGCAGAAGAGCUUGAAGAAUGCAUUUACACCGAAUUUAAGAAUACUGAUAUGCGAUAUAAAAAUAGGGUUCGUUCAAGAGUUGCAAAUUUGAAGGAUCCUAAAAAUCCGACAUUACGUACCAAUUUUCUCAAUGGUGUAAUAUCAGCAUCUAGGCUAGCUAAGAUGACUCCUGAAGAAAUGGCCAGCGAUGAGAUGAAGAAUUUACGAGAGAAGUUCAUCAAGGAAGCAAUUGAUGAUGCUCAAUUGGCAACUGUACAGGGUACCAAAACAGAUAUGCUCAAAUGUGGCAAAUGCAAAAAGAAGAAUUGUACUUACAAUCAGCUGCAAACCAGAAGCUCUGAUGAGCCAAUGACAACCUUUGUUCUUUGCAAUGAGUGUGGCAACCGUUGGAAAUUCUGUUAAAACUUCCUAAAGUUACUUAGAUAAGAAGUAUAUAAAUAUUUUAACAAUAAAAUACUGUACUUCUCGUAAUACAUAUAUAACUAUGGAAUCUGUAUUUUUGUUUUGUCACUAUGAAUUGACUUGGCUUUAUCACUGACUGGAAUCAUGAUCAGUAGUCAAUGACUUAUUAGUUAAUUUUAAUAAAUUAAUUUGCUUAAAAUAUAAAGUUUCAUUUUAUAGGGUUUAUUUAAUAAAACUUAAAUUGCGAUCAUAAUUAUGUAUUCAUCUAUUAUUUCACUUAUUUACAAUAACAGGAAUGAGUCCUUUAGGACACGGAAUAAACAUAUAAACUGGCAUAUUUCUUACCAAAGUCUUAAAAGCUAAAGUUUUACAAUAAAGAUUUAAGUAAUUCUGGACAUAUAGUUUAGGAAUAUAGCUCCUAUUUUCAUACACAAAAUAUAAAAAUUGAUAUUAUUUUUUUAUAUUUAUGUUGUGAGAAUAUUGUCUGCAUUUUGAUGAGACAAAUCCAACAUUCUCGGUGUAUUACACAAUGUUGCCAACAUUAACACAAUUAUUAUCUUCAAAAUAUAAAUUAUGUGAAGAAUUCUAAGAAAAAAAUAAAAUUAUAGUAUC